AGAGCAUUCAGCACCGACGCAACUACAUAGCCAAGCUGACCCUGCCUGCUGAUCGAUAACUUCACAACAACAACCAUCAAGACACCAUCGGAGAGCAGAAACCAUCGAGAGUAUCGCAGUUGAAACUGAAAGCUAUCCUAUCGAACAGGGAAGAGGUACACCAAUCCGUUGUCGAAUAAGCAUUUUCCACCAUGGGCAACGGUCCAUCUAACAUGUCGGGAAAUGGGAAGGAUGGGAAGGACAAGAAAUCGAUGCAAAAGAAGUGGGAGCCACCACUCCCAACACGGGUCGGAAAGGCGAAGAAGAAAAGAGGACCUUCAGCUGUCAACAAACUCCCAACUGUCUUUCCGACCUCUCGUUGCAAACUGAAACUGUUAAAGAUGGAAAGAAUUAAGGACCAUCUGCUACUAGAAGAAGAAUUCGUCAUCAAUCAGGAGAGGCUUAAGCCCAAAGAAGAGAAAGCUGAACGAGAAAGGUCUGAGGUGGAUGAUCUCCGUGGCUCACCGAUGGGAGUAGGGACCUUGGAAGAGAUUAUCGAUGACGAUCAUGCGAUCGUCUCUUCUGCUACUGGUCCCGAAUACUAUGUCAACAUCCUCUCAUUCGUGGACAAGGACUUACUCGAGCCUGGCUGUAGUGUUCUACUGCAUCACAAGGUGAUGAGUGUUGUCGGGGUCUUGGGAGACGACACAGAUCCGAUGGUCAGUGUCAUGAAGCUUGACAAAGCACCCACCGAAAGCUACGCAGACAUUGGAGGGCUCGAUCAACAAAUCAUGGAGAUUAAGGAAUCAGUCGAACUACCGUUGACUCAUCCCGAACUUUACGAAGAAAUGGGAAUCAAGCCACCCAAAGGUGUGAUUCUUUAUGGCCAGCCAGGUACUGGAAAGACCCUGCUAGCCAAGGCUGUUGCCCACCAAACAAGCGCCACCUUCCUCCGUGUCGUCGGUUCAGAACUCAUUCAGAAAUACUUGGGUGACGGACCUAAGUUGGUCCGUGAGCUUUUCAGAGUGGCGGAGCAACACGCUCCUUCUAUCGUCUUUAUCGAUGAAAUUGAUGCAGUUGGGACCAAACGAUACGACUCGAAUUCCGGUGGUGAGCGGGAAAUUCAGCGAACGAUGUUGGAACUUCUGAAUCAGUUGGAUGGAUUUGAUUCUCGGGGGGACGUGAAGGUCAUUAUGGCUACGAACAAGAUCGAGACUCUCGAUCCCGCAUUGAUCCGACCAGGGCGGAUUGACCGAAAGAUCGAGUUCCCACUACCAGAUGUGAAGACCAAACGACACAUCUUCAAGCUUCAUACUGGCCGAAUGACCUUAGCGGAUGAUGUAGACCUGGAUGAAUUUGUGAUGAUGAAGGAUGAACUCAGUGGGGCUGAUAUCAAGGCGGUCUGUACCGAGGCGGGUCUCAUGGCCCUUCGCGAACGCAGAAUGAGAGUGACCGCGAAAGAUUUCAGAUCUGCUAGAGAGAAAGUUCUUCACACCAAACAAGAAAAUAUGCCCGAAGGCUUGUAUUUGUAGUUCAUUCAUCUCUCAAUCUUCUCGCUAAUCCCAAUUUGAAAGAAUCCCGUUUUUUUGAGAUCACAUUGAAACAACACAUGCGGAGAAUCUUGAAGGAUAUAAUGCCUUCUCAUGUUUAAGCAGAACUCAUGCCUAUUCAGUGAUUUUAGCUCCUUAAUAGUUGAGUGUUGUAAAAGGAAUGCAAAAUGGGC